AUGCGACCAGGCCUGGCAUUGUCCCCACUGGGGCUGUGGCCCCUGCUCCUGGCCUGCUGGACCCUCCCUCCUGGCCUGGCUGGGGAGGAGUCCCUGAGUCUCCUGGGUGGUGGAAACCACUGCGAGGGCCUCCUGCAGGUGCAGCACCUGGGCCGGCAGGGCCCUGUGUGCGGGGACCGCUGGAGCAAGGUAGAGGCGUCGGUGACCUGCAGACAGCUCAACUGCGGCUCUGCUCUAGCAACCUCCCAGUACGUUCUGAGGCCCCAUGAGAUGGGGCUGACCUGGCUGCACGGUGCCCAGUGCCAGGGCGAGGAGGCUUCACUCUGGGAGUGCUCCCUGGGUGCCUGGGAGCCACUGACCAGCUGUGAGUGCCAGUGCGUGGCGGUGAUAACCUGCUCAGAUGGUACCUUUCAACAAAUCGGGCUGGGCAAGGGUGGCAGCCCCUGUGCCGGGAUCCCCGAGGUGGUGAACCCGGCUGGCAACGUCCUGAGGUGUGACUUGCACCAGGAAGAGGCCAACGUCUUCUGCAGACAGCUGGGCUGUGGCUCCGCUUUGCAGUGGUCUAGAGCCCACGGCAGAGGGGGCCCUGGGGACCAGGGGCGGAAGUUUGUGACCUGCCAAGGAACAGAGUCCAGCAUCUUCAACUGCAAGAUCAACCUAAACUUCCUAGAGCAGUGUGACCUCCCUACGUACACCCAUGUGGUGUGUUCAGGACACACGGAGGCGCGGCUGGCGGGCGGCGAGCACCCCUGCGCCGGGCGCCUGGAGGUGCGGCGGGGCCUGACGUGGGGCACCGUCUGCGACGCAGACCUGGACCUGGCCACGGCGCACGUGGUGUGCCGGGAGCUGUGGUGCGGGGCGGCCGUGUCCAUGCCCGGGGGCGCCCGCUUUGGCCGAGGCUCCGGACCCGUGUGGACGGAGGCCUUCCGCUGUGCGGGCAACGAGUCGCUGCUGUUCCACUGCCCGCGAGAGCCCGGGCGCCGGUGCGCGCACGGCCGGGACGCGGGGCUCGUGUGCUCCGGGCACAAGUUCCGGCUGGUCAACGGCAGCAGCGGCUGCGACGGCCGCGUGGAGCUCCAGGUGGAGGACACCUGGGCGCCCAUCUGCGCCUCCCACUGGGACUUGCCAGAUGCCACCGUCCUCUGCCAGCAGCUCGACUGUGGCAAUGCUGUCGCCACACCGCGAGGAGGCCAUUUUGGGGACGGGAAUGCCACCAUCUGGCCGGACGCGUUUCACUGUGCGGGGACGGAGCCGCAUUUGUUCAGCUGCCCAGCAAGCACCCUGGGGGCCCCGGCCUGUGCCCCAGGAAACUCGGCCUCCGCGGUGUGCUCAGGUCUCCCCCACGCCCUGAGGCUGAGGGACGGACAGAGCCGCUGCGACGGGCGCGUGGAAGUCUCCCUGGACGGCGCGUGGGGCCGCGUCCUGGACCGCGCCUGGGACCUGCGCGGCGCCGGCGUCGUGUGCCGGCAGCUCGGGUGCGGAGGGGCCGAGCGAGCCUACGACGCGCCUGCCCCCGGCCGCGGGGCCCUCCCGGUGGGGCUGAGCCGCGCGCGCUGUCUGGGCAACGAGACCCGCCUGAGCCAGUGCAACGUGUCCACGUCCCUGCGGGAGCCCGCGGGGACGUCGCGGGACGCGGGCGUCGUGUGUUCCGGGAGCCUCCGCUUGCGCCUCGCCGCGGGGCCAGGACGCUGUGCCGGGCGCGUGGAGGUGCUCCACGGGGGAGCGUGGGGCACCGUGUGUGACGACGCCUGGGACCUGCGGGACGCACACGUGGUCUGCAGGCAGCUGGGCUGCGGCCGCGCCCUCAGCGCCCUGGGGGCCGCCCACUUCGGGGCCGGGACGGGGCGCAUCUGGCUGGACGAGCUGGGCUGUGGGGGCCACGAGUCUGCUCUGUGGCAGUGCCCGUCGCGAGGCUGGGGCCAGCACGACUGCGGGCACAAGGAGGACGCUGGGGUCUUCUGCUCAGAGUUCACGGACCUGAGGCUGCAGAACCACAGCGGGCCAUGCGCAGGGCGGCUGGAAAUUUUCUACAACGGCACCUGGGGCGGGGUCUGCCAGAACCUCAAUGCAGCCGCCCUGGGGGUCCUGUGUGGGCAGCUGGGCUGUGGGACCCACGGCCAGCUGCUGGCUGGGGCAGGGAGCUGGCCUGCCCCCGACGCUCUCUGGGUGGCCUCCAUUGAGUGCAGGGACAGGAAUGACUGGUCCCUGUGGCAGUGCCCAUCGGCUCCGUGGGACCCUCUUUCCUGCCCCAGCACGGAGGAAGCCUGGGUCCUGUGUGCAGAACACACAGGGGAAGUGCCCCAGGACCUUGGAGAGGCCCUGAACUGCUCAGCCACCCUCAGCUGCCCAGACGAGGGCGCGCUGCGCGUGCGCGGGGGCGCGGACGGCUGCUCCGGGCGCGUGGAGCUCUGGCACGGCGGCUCCUGGGGCACCGUGUGCGACGACUCCUGGGACCUGGCGGACGCGGAGGUCGUGUGCCGGCAGCUGGGCUGUGGUCGGGCCGUGGACGCCCUGGAGGGGGCCGCCUUUGGCCCCGGCUCAGGGCCCGUGUGGCUGGACGAGGUGGGGUGCCGGGGCAGCGAGGCGUUCCUGCGGGACUGCCCGGCCCAGCGGUGGGGACGCGGAGACUGUGCGCACAAGGAGGACGCGGGCGUGCGCUGCUCCGCCCCUUCCUUGGCCCCUGCACCUGACCCCGAGGCCUGGGCCCUGCCUGAAAUCACCUGUGUCAUCCUUGGUUCCCUUCUGGGCCUGGUGUCCCUGUUCCUGGGGACUCAGUGGUGCCGCCGCAGAGCAGCCUGCCAGGGUUGUAGCAUGUCGAGGCACCCAUCCUCAGAGGGCGUCUAUGAGGACAUUGGAGCCGUCCCCCUGGGGGAGAAGGAUGAGGGGCCUGCAACCAACGAGGACCUGGUCCUGGAGGAGGAGUAUGACGACGCGGGAGAGCUGGAGGACGGCGCGGGGGAGGCGGCGCAGGAGGCUGGGGCGCUGCUGAGCCCCGCGGGUGGGGCUCCUGGAAACCCGGGCUCCGGAGCUCAGGCUGGGAUGGAAGACCACGGUGGUCCCUGCCCCAGGACCCGAUGACCCUGACCGUGGGGAACAUCGCUGUGGGGGGAUAUACCGGGGAGGCCGGGGUCUUCACUGUCCUUGUCCUUAAAACAGCUGUCAUUAAACUCCGUUUGAAGGCA